AUGACCGAGCACACGAUCGUCAUCGCUUGCGAAUGCAGUCGGACGACGCGAGAUCUCGAGGACACAGAAGAGAAGAUCGUGAUGAAAGGCAUCGGACUCACCGAGAAAGAUAUGGAAGUACUUCAGCGUCCCCAGAUAGAGAUCGGCCCCGCAGACACCGACGAACGCAUGAAUCUCGCGGCACCGAUGAGACUUACGAUCGAUCUUCCAGAAAGGAACGGCGGCGGCGGUCAACCUCGAGAAGCCGAUCGCCACGGCGCGAGCGUUCUGAUGCUCGCGAUCGUCACCGACAUCGAAAACGCACCCGAUCGUUGUCGCGAUCUCACUCUUCAUCGCCAGUUAGACAUGGGAGUCGGAGAGGAAGGCUUGAUUAUAGGAACAGAGAGGACGCAAAAGGAAUCCGGAUAUGGGUCGGAUCCACUUGAGGAGCUGGUUGGGCCUUUACCUCCCAAACAAGACGGUCUUCAUGGAUCUGGGCCAAUCCGCUCUCGAGGCAGAGGCGCCUACAGACCCAAUGCAAGCAAUAUUGACGCCCACUUCGCUGACGACUACGACCCGACUUUGGAUGUUCAGCUAGAGGACGAUAAUUUGAUUGAGAGUAGCAGGCCCUCUCGGCGUCCAGUUGCAGGUCUCAUGACAGGAGACGAUGACUGGGAACUUGCUCUCGAAGCGCUCCGCGACCGAACCCGCUGGAGACAGAAGGGAGAGGAACGAUUACGAGAGGCGGGUUGCAAUAAUGCUGUUGUAGACCGGUGGAAGCAUAGCUCCAGUGCUCCUGGUGGUGAUGAUGAAGGCAGACUCGAAGACGUCAAAUGGUCAAAGAAGGGCGAAGGUCGAGAAUGGGAUCGGGGGAAGUUCGUUGAUGCUGAUGGACAUGUUGAUGUGAAGGCUUCAUGGUAG